GGGAGAGCAAGUUUUCCUCCUCUCAGUAGGAGAAGAGACACAUGGCUGCUUAAAGAGGAGCAGAAGAAGAAGGAGAAGAAGAGAGGAGACCCCCGUCCCUUCAGCCUGGAGAUGCACUAGUCCUCCCUCUCAACUUUUCCGGAGGACAAAUGAGCGGAAACCAUUUUCCUCUCUGAUAUGGAUUCAACCUGCAGCUCCUGACAUUAACUGAGCUGAGAGGAUUGUGAGGAGAAGAAGCCUUGUCGGUGGAGUUUACACAGUGUACGGCUGCUUUUCUUGCAGUGGACUGAGGGCAGGCAGAUUAACCGGCACACAAGGGUUGAGUGUGGGAUGGAGGAAGCAGCAGAGGACGGGGACAAGAUGACCAGCCAGCAGGCUCUGUGUGUCCCCGACCGGGAGACCAGAAAACGCCCAGGCAUCUCCACUCUCAAAUUGUUUAUUAUGGCGCUGUCCUUCGCCUGCUUCUCAAAGGCUCUGACAGGAACCCACAUGAAGAGCUCCAUCACUCAGAUUGAGAGACGAUUCGACCUCUCCAGCACGCACGUUGGACUCAUCGAUGGCAGUUUUGAGAUGGGCAACUUGUUGUUUCUUGCUGUGGUCAGCCAUUUUGGGGCCAAGCUACAUCGGCCCAGACUCAUUGCUGUGGGCUGUUUCCUCAUGGCUGUCGGGGCCUUUCUCACCGGCCUGACCCACUUCUUCAUGGGACGCUACAAGUACAACACAAUCAUUCGGUAUACCCAGAAUGACAGUGUGAACAUCGCCGCCUGUGUGGAUCCACUGACAACAGAAGUACCUGAAAUUUGGAUCGAGCCCUCCAUGGAAGACAAUAAAGCCUGUGUGAGAGACUCUAGUUCCCACAUGUGGAUCUAUGUGUUCCUGGGGAACGCUCUGCGAGGGAUCGGAGAGACCCCGGUCACACCUCUGGGCAUUUCUUACAUCGAUGACUUUGCUAGAGCGGAAAAUUCACCCUUCUAUAUAGCCUGUCUCCAGACCAUCACUCUCCUGGGCCCCAUGUUUGGUUUCCUUCUGGGCUCCUAUUGUGCCAAACUAUAUGUUGACAUUGGAUAUGUUGAUAUCGAAAGUGUGACCAUCACUCCUAAAGAUGCCCGCUGGGUGGGCGCCUGGUGGAUGGGCUUCAUGGUGUCCUCCGUCCUCCUCCUCAUCUCCAGCAUUCCCUUCUGGUUCCUGCCCCGCUCGCUGCCAAAGCAGGAGGGAGACGAGGGAAAGGCAACUCCCGCCCAUGGCACCCUAGAUGGGACAGAGGACGUUCCCAACAACAAUCACAACCUCAAGCUGACUGACAUCGCUAAAGGGUUUCUUCCCUCACUGAAGCGCCUGUUUGGAACUCCUGCCUACUUCCUGCUCCUUUGUGGGAGCAUUCUGAAGUUCAACUCUUUCAUCGGCCUGUUCACCUUUAAAGCCAAAUACAUGGAACAACAGUUUGGACAAUCUGCAUCCAGAGCAAACUUCCUCAUAGGUGUGUUGAACCUGCCAGCCGUGGCGGUGGGGAUCUUCCUGGGAGGGCUGCUGAUGAAGAGGUAUAAACUGAGCUUGGUGUCAGGAGCUCAGCUCUCUUUUGCCACAUCCUUCAUGGCAUACCUCCUUCUGCUGCUGCAGUUUGGAACCAAGUGUGAUAACAUUCCCAUGGCUGGGCUCACCAUCUCAUACAACGGGAUGCAGAGUAUAUCAUCCGACAGAGAUAUGCUCUUCUCAGAGUGUAACAGAGACUGCUCGUGUUCAGCAGAGGAGUGGGACCCUGUGUGCUCAGACAGCGGCAUCACCUACAUCUCUCCAUGUAUGGCUGGCUGCCUCAGCUCCAGUGGAUACGGCAAGAACACAGUCUUCCACAACUGCAGCUGUUUGUCCGCCUCCUUCCCAGCAGGCAGCAGCACGUCCGUGAGGCUGGGCCAGUGUCCUCAUGCCAAGGACUGCAGCCGCAGUUUCACCUCCUACAUGGCUGUAUCUGUUCUCAGCUCCUUCAUCAACUCUCUUGGAGCUACACCUGGCUACAUGGUUAUCAUACGAUGCAUCUCACCAGAUCUCAAAUCCCUUGCAUUGGGUAUCCAGGCCUUAGUAACUAGGACUCUUGGUGGACUUCCUGCACCAGUGUAUUUCGGAGCCCUGAUUGAUUCAACUUGCCUGAAGUGGUCAAUCAAGAAGUGUGGGGGCAGGGGGGCAUGUCGCAUAUAUGACUCUAAUAUGUACAGGAUCAUCUUCCUGGGUCUGAUCACUUGUCUCAGUGGUUCCUCGUAUUUCUUCAUCAUUGCCGUCAUCAUCGUCCUCAGACGACAGUUUCGUAAGCCAGAGCGAGAAACACAAACGCAGAAUAGAAAAGCUUCAAAGGGAAUUGACCUUCAAAUCACAUCAAAACCCACUGAGGACCAUCCCGGCCCCCCUAAAGCUCCCAAACCGCGUCAUGCUCCCAAAGUUUGGGUAAGGAUCGCAGCAGAACUGGAGGAGGGAGGGGAGGUUCACAGAACAGAGCAGCUCCCCCAAGACGGCAGACUGAGCUCCUCAAAUAACACCCAGGAGACGCAACAGCUCAAAUCCCUGACAGAGACCACUGUUGAGUUCACUCCUCCUCCAUGUGACGAAGCAAAGAUAGCGAUAGACGUGCUGAAGUCAGAGGACGAGGUGAAAGAGGGAAAAGACGAGGUUUGCGAGGAGACGGAUGCACAGGUGGAAGAAGAGGACGAUCUCACAGAUGAUGAAGUAUUAGCGAAAGAAACAACACACAGCAAAGAAACUGACGACAAACAAAACUAAGUUGUCCACCAAUGUGCUUUCAAACAAGGCCACCUGGGUCUAUUCAAGGAAUGUAACUGAUUUUGGCCAACAGUCACAUGUACUUGGAUUGUCAAGAGGAAAUGUCUUUUCACCUGGGCUAAUGCUAACCGUAUUUCUUCCUCUUUUAUUACAGUGUAGAGCUGUUGUAUUACACUUAGUCCUAAAGAUGAAAUGGGCUACCAGUGUCAAAGCUGUAGAAACAUAGUGCAGUACUUAUAAAAAUUGACCAGCAGUACAAAAUAUUGACUCGUGUAUGCACAUGAUGUAUACAGCAGCCAUGCAAGGCCCGGGAUGAAAAACAUUAUGGCGUAUACCUUUGGGCCAAAAUGAAUGUGUUUAUUCUUUAUGUCAACAGAUACAUCCUUGAAUGUGUGAUAUUAUUGUCACAUAACAUUUUGCAGAUCUGAUCUAUGCGCAGUCUUAAGAACUUUAUGUUAACACGAUGUCAUGCUGUGGACACAAAUAUUGUGAAAAUGAUGUGAAGUGGCUGAUGUGCUAAACGUGCAAAUUGAUUUUAAAAAUUAUGUCAUUGUUAAUUAAA